GCGGCGGCUCCGCCGGGGUGGCGGCAUGGCGGGCUGGGGGCGGCUGGCCCGGCUCGGCGGGCGCCUCUGGGCGGCGGCGGCGCCGGCUCCCGGACACAGGGGUCAGCUGGGCUUUGUAGUCAGACACAUCAACAGUUCAACAUGGUGGCAUGAGCAUCUUUCUGAAGAGAAUGUGGAGUUCCUCAAGAAGAUAACUGCAGAGGAGUACAAAGCUCAGACAGCCAGCAAGCUGUGCCCUCUGAAAGAUGAGCCAUGGCCGCUGAAUAAGUGGACACCAGAUUCCAUCAGAGUUGGUGUUGUUGCAAUAAAACUGGGAAUGAUGCCAAUAUGGACCAAAUCAGGAGAAAAACAUGCUGUCACACUACUUAAGGUUCAAGAUUGCCAUGUUUUAAGAUAUGUUUCAAAGGAAGAGUCAGGUGGAAAAACAGCUAAGCUGCUUGUUGGAGGCAAAAAUGUAUCUCCUUUUUCUAAACGAGAGUCUGCACAUGAAAUUUUUAAAGAAGCUGGAGUGCCACGGAAGCAGAAAGUUACAACAUUUAAUGUAACAGAUGAUGCCAUAAUUAAGCCAGGUACUCCCUUGUAUGCUGCUCACUUCCGCCCCGGGCAGUUUGUGGAUGUUACUGCAAAAACAAUUGGUAAAGGAUUUCAAGGUGUCAUGAAAAGGUGGGGAUUUAAAGGUCAGCCUGCAAGCCACGGCCAGACAAAAACUCACAGACGACCUGGAGCAAUAUCUACCAAUAAAGCUGCCAAAGUCUAUCGUGGAAAGAAAAUGCCUGGUAAAAUGGGUAACAUCUACAGGACAUCUUUUGGAUUAAAGGUGUGGAGGAUCAAUACAAAGCAUGACAUUAUUUAUGUAAAUGGGUCUGUUCCAGGUCACACCAAUUGUCUGGUGAAGGUCAGAGAUAGCAAAUUGCCUACUUACAAGGACUGCAAUAAAAACCCUCCAUUCCCUACAUUUUUUGCUGAUGGAGAUGAAGAACUGCCAGAAGACCUUUUUGAUGAGGAGAUUUUCCAGUUCACAGAUCCAUCUGUCACAUUCGCAUAAUGUUCCUCGCAUCUUUGUAAACACAGUUUUGUUAUUUCAUGUACGUUGCAAGGCUGUAUAAAAGUAAGCCUAUGAACUGCAGUCUGGCCAACUGACUUAAACAAUUCAGAUAUUGCCAUUUUGGUCAGGUAAUCAGAUUUCCCACCGUCAGUCUCAAACCUGUACUUAAAGCAAUAGGUGGGUCUGAGGGACAGGUUGUAAAGCACACCAAACUGUGUGUCUUCAGUGACCUUUUGUCCUCUACGCCAGGCUGUGAAAGCCUACAAAAUAAUGAAAAACUGUUGUUUUGAAGAUGGUUCCAGUUCAUUUUCUGAAUGUGAACAAAUUCUGUUUCUCUUUUAUGUAAAGUAUACUGGGCAACUCAGAAAUCAGAAAAAGGUUCCAGAUCUGCCUUGGCAUCUGAGGUUGGGGGGAUCCAUGAAGAGUAAUCUAAAAUAAAACAUGAAAAUGCGUGA